CCUCCCGCCGCCGCUGGAGCGGGCGCCGAGAUGGCGGAGGAGGAGGACGGCGAGCUGCCGGGUCCCGGGCCGGCGGUGGGGCCGCGCACCGUCCGCGUCCUCAAGUCCGACAGCGGCUACGGCUUCAACGUGCGGGGCCAAGUGAGCGAGGGCGGCCAGCUCCGCAGCAUCAACGGCGAGCUGUACGCGCCGCUGCAGCACGUCAGCGCCGUGUUACCGGGCGGCGCGGCGGAGCGGGCCGGCGUGCAGCGGGGGGACCGCAUCCUGGCCGUCAACGCCGUGAAUGUGGAAGGGGCGACGCACAAGCAAGUGGUGGACCUGAUCCGGGCUGGAGACAAGGAGCUGCUGCUCACUCUGCUGUCUGUGCCGCCGCACGAGGUGGAAAGCCUGGAUCCGGGUGACGAUUCCUGGGGCCAGUCCUUCUACGACUACACGGAGAAACAGUCCAUUCCCAUCUCCAUUCCCAGCUACAACCAUGUGGAGCAAAAUGGGGAGAAAUUUGUCGUUUACAACAUCUACGUGGCUGGCCGCCAGCUGUGCUCCAAGCGGUACCGAGAGUUCGCCAUCCUGCACCAGAACCUCAAGCGGGAGUUCCCAGACUUUGGGUUUCCUCGGCCACCGGGCAAGUGGCCCUUCACCCUGUCGGAACAGCAGCUGGAUGUGCGCCGGCGCGGCCUGGAGGAGUACCUGGAGAAAGUGUGUUCCGUGCGUGUUAUUGGCGAAAGUGACAUCGUGCAGGAAUUCCUCUCGGAGUCCGAUGAGAACUUCAACGGGGUGUCUGACGUGGAGCUCAGGAUCGCCUUACCCGACAAGACCACGGUGACGGUGAAGGUGAAGAAGAACAGCACCACCGACCAGGUGUACCAGGCUGUUGCAUCCCAGAUUGGCAUGGACAGUAUCACAGCAAACUACUUUGCUUUAUUUGAAGUGGUGAAUCACUCAUUUGUGCGUAAGCUGGCACCCAACGAGUUCCCUCACAAGCUGUACGUCCAGAACUACAUGUCGGCUGUGCCUGGCACCUGCCUCACCGUCAGAAAGUGGCUCUUCACCAUAGAGGAGGAGGCCCUUCUCAACGACAGCGCCCUCGCUGUCAUCUACUUCUUCUACCAGGCUGUCGAAGACGUGAAGCAGGGCUCCAUCAAGCCGGGAGAGAAGACGUACCAACUGCAGAGACUGGCAGAACAGCGUAAGAUGAUCAUGUACUUGAACGUGGUUCGAAGCUGUGAAGGCUACAACGAGAUCAUCUUCCCGCACUGCGCCUGUGACUCACGGCGCAGAGGCCAUGUGAUCACCGCCAUCAGCAUCAAGCACUUUAAACUUCACGCCUGUACGGAUGCUGGAGAGCUGGAGAACCAGGUCAUAACCUUUGAGUGGGAGGAGAUGCAGCGGUGGGACACGGACGAGGAGGGCAUGGCAUUCUGCUUCGAGUACGCUCGAGGGGAGAAGAAACCGAGAUGGGUGAAGAUCUUCACGCCCUACUUUAACUACAUGCACGAGUGCUUCGAGCGGGUCUUCUGCGAGCUGAAGUGGCACCAAGAGGUUGAAAAUGAGGCUUCCGACAAGGACAACAAGAACUGCAACGAGGCCAACGUGUGCGGCAAGAAUAUCUUCCAGGUUCUGCGCUCCCAGCAGAGGUCGGCCAGUUCCUAGCCCCCCAACAGCCUGCCGCUGGCGAUGGUGUGUGUGUGUGCUGGCCAGGAGUGGGAGACCAAGUAACUCCAAGCACUUGAACAGAGAAAGCUGCUGCUGCCCUGAACCUGUGGACCCAUCUGCCGGGACCCUGGGUCACACACGGAGUCCUUUUUCAUCUGUCCAUCCACCGCGCUGUCAGAGGGAUGUGUCGGACUGGGGAAGGGCGGCACUGAUGGUGGUGGGGGAGGGUUCCCAGUGCACUGCCCCACGUCCAGGUCUCUGUACCCCACCUCUCCGUGCAUCGCUGGGGCUUCUCUCCCCCCCCCCCCCCCCAUGCAACGGAACGCAGGGAGCUGGCUCAGGCUGCAGCCCCCUGCUCCGGUUGCAGUGUGAGGACUCGGACAGCGGGGCGGGGCGGGGGUGGUGGGGGGGGGGGGUGGUCUGGUGCCAGGGAAACGGGAAGAGGCGAGGUCCAUUCUCCCCAUUCUUAACCCCGCCCCGGUUCCCCCCCACCCCAUCAAAUUACCCCUCAAACUGAGCAGCAGCUCACUUUCCCCGCCUUGGGCCCCCAACCACUGUCUGUCAGUGGGUGGGGUACCCCGACGGUUUGCGGCUCCCCCACCCCCCUCCCCACCGUCAGUCCAGCCAUGUCUCUGUGCGAGCCAGUUGAAGGUGUUGGUGCCAUUCUCGCCCCGCUGUUGUUUGAGGAGGUAAUGCCCCCGACCGUGGAGCUGGGCAGGGGUGGUCCUUCCUGGCAGGCAGUCCUGUCUCAGCUGCCUCUAAUGCCUCAAGUGAGUGGGUGAGUGAGCGAGUGGCCCCAGCCCAGCCCAGGGUACAGUGACAGGUGACAGCCUCACCGGUGGAACAGUCACAGAGUCACGGGUCCCAGCAGUGAACUCGUCGUCACGGAGAGAUCUGGCAGGGAAACAGGUCCUUCGACCCACCCUGUCUGUGCCAACCCAUUUACACCGAUGUGAUCCGGCAGGGAAACAGGUCCUUCGACCCACCCUGUCUGUGCCAACCCAUUUACACCGAACCCAUUUACACCGAUCCCAUUCCAUUCCCACCAACUCUCCCCCACCCCCCAGAUUCUCCCCCUCACCCACACACUAGGUGGGGUGAUUUACGGCGGCUGAUUAACCCACUGACCCCGCACGCCGUUGGGAUGUGGGAGGGAACCAGAGCGGCCGGGGUGGGGGGGGGAGCCCACAUGGUCACUGGGGGAACGCGGCAAACUCCACGCAGACGGUGCCGGUGGUCGGGAUCGAACCCGGGUCUCCAUGUCUCGCGGGGCAGUGAGUGGGGAUCGUCGCUGCCCAGCGGUGCGGUGCGGAACCCCAGCCAGUGAGCGCACGGUCACCCACCCCUUCUGUCCCAUCCAUUUCAUACAAUGUGGAUCGCCAGUCUCAUCGUCGGAGAGUUGUACCACAUGGACACAGGCCCUUCGGCCCCACUCCUCCGUGCUGACCCAGCAGAGUAAACCUCAGUUGUGUUCAAAAUCCCUUUAAUAAUCCUCUUCUAACAACACUAAUACCUUCCUCUGUAAAAAAAUAUUACCAAAAAUGCGGUUCAUUGUAAUUAAACUGUAACAUAUUUUAAAUAAAUCUGAUUAUUCGCAACAGCA